UAGUUUUGGCGGAAGGCUGUGAGUGGGUGAGGUGCUGAGGUUAAACAUCAGCUGAGUUCAACGCGGGUUUAUUUCACCAUGUCUCGAUUCAAAGGGGGGUGUAAGGAUUCUCUGGCGGGCUUUAAGGUGCAAACGGCAGAGCCGACUGUUCCGUACGGCCUGCUGAAGGCGGCCCGGAAGAGCGGGCAGCUCAACCUGUCCGGCCGAGGACUGAAAGAAGUUCCCCAGAACGUCUAUCGUCUAAACAUCGACACACCAGAGGAGGCCCAGCAGAAUGUGUCCUUUGGAGCAGCAGAUUGCUGGUGGGAGCAGACAGACCUCACAAAACUACUGCUCUCAUCCAAUCAGAUUACAUUAUUGUCAGAUGACAUCAGACUGCUGCCUGGACUGACUACACUGGAUCUACAUGACAACCAGUUGAGUAGUUUACCCAGUGCUUUGGGAGAACUGCAGAAUCUUCAACAGCUGCGACUCAGUCAUAAUCAGUUAGACUCUCUGCCAGUUGAGAUGUGUACUCUAAAGAACCUCCGUAGCCUCACACUGCAGCAGAAUCUGCUGGAGAACCUGCCAGAGGAUCUGGGACAGCUCGCGAACCUCACAGAGCUGGACGCGUCCAGCAACCAGCUGAAGAGCCUGCCCUCCAGUUUCGGGUGUCUCGUCAGUUUACAGAAAGUGAACCUGUGUCACAACCAGCUUAGCGGGCUCCCAGACAGCCUAGCCCGGCUCACAAAUGUUAAGCUGCUGGACUGCAGUGACAAUCAGCUGACUGAGAUUCCUGAAAGCCUAUCGGAGAUGCUCGCUCUGGAGCAGCUUUACCUUAGACAUAACAAGCUCCGCUUCCUCCCAAAGCUCCCCGCACCUGCACUCAAGGAGUUAUAUGUGGGGAACAACCAAAUUGAGCAGUUGCAGACGGAGCAGCUAUCCUGCCUGACAGCCAUCUCUCUUCUGGAACUCAGAAACAACAAGAUCAAAAUAGUCCCUGAAGAGAUCACUUUACUGAGUACGCUAACGCGCCUUGACCUCACCAACAAUGACAUUACCAGCCUUCCAGCGUCACUCAGCCUGCUGCCCAAUCUGAACGUGCUGCUGUUGGAGGGAAACCCUCUGCGAGGAAUCAGGAGAGACAUCCUCUCUAAAGGAACCAGUGAGCUUCUGAAGUAUUUGAGAGGAAGAGUUAAAGAGGAGCCUGACAAAACAGAUGGAGGAGAUACAGCUAUGAUGUUACCCAGCCAGGCCAGGGUCAAUGUGCAUGACAUUAAAACUCUCAAGCUGUUGGCAUACAGUGACAAGCAAGCAGGGAGUAUCCCAGAGGAGCUGUUUGAUGGUGCAGCUGGUCAGAGCAUUGCCACAGUUAACUUCAGCAAAAACCAGCUGACUUCAGUUCCUCCCAGGCUGGUGGAAUUCCAAUCUUCGCUGUCAGAAGUCAAUCUGGGUUUCAAUAGACUGAUCAGCUGUUCACCUGACAUCUGCAAGUUACUCCAGCUUACACACAUCGAUCUCCGGUAACUUAACUCCACAUUGCAGCCCCAUCAUCCAGCAUUUUUCAACACACCCCGCACACACAUACGCAGCUGCUCGAGGGAGCAGCCACAGCAGUCCCAGCGCCUUACUUGGAUUCCUCCUUGAUGUCUGAUCAGCUCUGAGGCGAUCCUGACAUGGCUUGCACAUUACUCCAUAAAGCACUUCAGUGCUGUUAGCUUGUAAUGUUGUGUGUUGUGAUGUUCCAUAUACAGCUUGUGAUCCAUUGCAAGACCUUCCCUUGACUGACCUUUCUGAGCACCACAUCUAAGCACUAAAUAAAGAAGAGUGUGCAGGAUGGAAAGAUGGAACUCAGUGGGAUGUGAUCUAAACCUCUGCCCUUAGCAGCUUAGCAUGAAGCAUCCACUGUUGUCUUACUCGAUCUGAUUCCACAAGGGAUGUCAGCUGACAUGUUGAUUCCUGCCUACAGUAUGUUGUACAGUUUGGACCUCAGAAUAUGAUGCUGUGCAUUGAAAAUGAAGUUAAUCACAGACCAAACAAUGAUCCUCUGCUCUCAUGAAACUAAUAAGAAAAAUGUUAUCGUCAUGGUCUUAGCUACAAAUCGCUUCACGUUGUUGUCACGGAGUACAGCCUCCUCGCUUUGUGGCUCAUAAACCGUAGGUAAUGGAGCACAUGUACAGUGGUUCAGUAAGUUGGCCUGUCUGACCUGUGUUUGUGUACUCGGUGUAUUUCUGU